UGCGGGAUGCGUCAUAAAGGGAAUAAUGUGACGUCUUGAACAGGAGGAUUCUGUUCCAUAUGCCAUAUGUGUCAACUUAGGCACCACGAAUCACCACACACCCAUCCCGGUUUACUGCUAGAUAGAAUAUGUCUACAUUGGUUCAGCUAUUUGCUACCGACUGUCUAUCUGUCUUCUGUCUGUCUAUCUCCGUGAUUCCACGGAAGCGUUUUAUUUACUGGAGCAUGCAAGGGCGAGGUUUUUGCACCCCUGAAACAAGGAUCCAAUCCACCGAGUGAAGAUAUGAUUAUCAUACAUAAUCCAUGGCUCUAAUGAUCGCCACCACAGUUCGGAGGAAUUAUUUUAUAGGAGACGCUGACUAUCAAUGCUCCACCGCGAGGCGGAUUAAUUGACCUCGGAAUUAAAUCGAUAGUCGAUGCGCGGAAGUCAGAUUCGCUGGUGUGUAUUCUAUGAUGUAUCAAAUUCUCAUCAGCAUACCACACCGCUUAAGUGACGAGUCACUACGAAACUAGAGCGUCACAGUGAGGAGAAAUUCUAUAUAGGAGUUGGCAGAGCGCCGGCGCUAAUCUAAAAAUACAAGUCAAAAGCGAGUAAGAAAGCACGGUCACGAUUAACGCUUCUGUGCUUGCGGCGGCCGACGUGCGUACUAGAGACCCGGGGAUCAGCAAAUCAGCAUAGACAUCCACUUGCCGUAGUCUUCAACCACUACACCCGAUUCAGCCCAACGUUCCGUCAAACAUCCAGAGCAGGUUAUGAAACAAUGGCUGAGCUUCGGGUGUGUCUACCCACUUGUUAUAGAGGCCUAAUAUAAGUGUUAUGUCCUAACCUAAAAAAUAAAAAAUAAAAAAUAAAUCAAUGAUCACUAUCUCUAUCACCGCAAAUAAGUGAAUCAGCUCACAUCACAACACAACACGACACUAAGUUGGAUUAUAUAACCUCAUAAACAGUUUAAAGAGUCAAUAUACCAGUGAUUGAAGCACGUGUAGGCCACCUAGGCCAUGUAUGUCCAUAAGGACAAGUGGGUGAUAAGUCAAUGGAUUUAUGCCUGAACAAAAUUAUAUUUAUACCUUUUCUACGUUGUAUAUAAAUAUAUAAAUACACUAUCGCGGAUAACAAUUACCGAGAGUGAUAUUAUGGGUUUUAAAUGAGAAGACUAGUAGUAUACCAGGUGUUUAUGUAAUAAUAAUACUUAUUGUCCAUUAUUAUUAUUAUUAUUAAUUUAUAAAAACAGUGUCAUGGCUCUGGUGAUGCUGCCCUGUGAUCUGCCCUGGUGGCCGGCGGUUGUUAAACAGCUGGACAAAGCUGCUCUGGCCAGAAAUUCCCAAGAUUUAAUUGGAGCCAUGCAGAGGAUUCAUGAUAUGUGCAACAUAAGCCUGGACCCGGACGAAGAUGAGCAAGACCCCGAUCUCUUUGUCGGGCUUGCCAAGUUUAUUGAUGAGGAUCUAGGGCCAGGGGAACGAGAACAAAUGUUCGUAAAGACAAUACCUAAGAUUGUAGAGAGAGCCAAAGCUUUGAGGAAUACCAAACCACCUCAGGGGCUUUAUUUUAGUUUGCAGCAACAAGGAGAUCAUGUGGAGUAUAGUUAUGGAUUCGCUUCUUCACUAGUAGCCAAUGCCUUUUUUUCGACGUAUCCUAAGCGCACAGUUAAAACGCACCCGACAUUAGGAGAUUUUAAUUUCACUAAUUUCUUCAAGUAUCUUCAUUUAAACAGUCAAAAGAUAAAAUUACAAAGCAUACUCCAAUAUUUCGAGUUUUUAGAAACCGAUGGAGCGUUGGAAGGCCGGAUGCUCGUGUCCAGGCAGGUGAUGACGUCCAAACAAUGGCUGACUAUUGAAGAUUGGCUUGAAAGCAACGUACUAUUGUGUCCCUUGACAAUUCGGCAUGUCGGUCGGUUAGAACGAGUCGAUACUGACACUAAAGUUCUGCAUGUCUGCUUCGCGAGCUCUAGAUUCGGCGAGGGUGUACUUGAAGAUGCUAUUAGCCAAGAAACUGUACAUAUAGCAACUCAUCCAGAAAUGCUUGCUGUGAUAUUGUCCGUGGAGGCCUUAGAAGACAACGAAGUGUUGAUAGUCGAAGGUGCGCGACACGUAUCCCGAAUAAAUAAUCCCAAGCAAAAGGCAACAUUUGAGAGUAUACCUAAUCCAAAUCCCGUUACCGUUUGCUGUAUGGACGCUGAAAAUUAUUCAGAUAUGCCACGUAAUCAGUUUGAAGAAGACAAUAUACUUCGUGAGAUGAAUAAAUCAUUGCUGGGAUUUCGUCAAAGACAUUUGCCGGCGAGUCCCACGGAAACGGUCAGCCUGGACGAUGCUGCUUGCCCCGACGGGUGUCCAGUUACCCGGAGGCUGUCUCCCAUAGGCGAGAGUUUCAGCAGCGCUUCUCCAGAAGUCGAGACCUCUGAAGACAAAGUCGUUAUUCAUAACAAUAACAAUAACAAUAAUAUUCGGGCUAAUGGAAACUUGUCCGAAGACAUAAGCAUAGAAAAUCCCCUGACAGAUGUUCGCCUGAGGCCUAACGGACGCUCGACAACUCAGAGGUCGCUCAGUCCAGAUAAACUGAUCACGGGCUACAAUAAAAGUUUGUGUAGCAACGCCAGCACUCGGAGCAGAUUCAUUGUCUUGGGGUCCAGUGGUGAGGUGUUGCCUGUUACAAGGAAAUCCUUGGGACAAAUGUCUGUUUACGAGAGCUGCAAUAGUCAGAGCACUGAGAGCUUCCACAGCGCCAGGGAUUCUAUCGAAGACGAGCAUCCUGCUGGAAAGUAUGAUGAAGAAGAAUUUAAAUUAACUCGCAAGUACAGCAAUCAAUUAGACACACCUGAAAGAAGAGGAACGUUUGCUCAAAGAUUAAAAGAAGCUCUUAAUCGAGAAAGCACUGCGACUGGAUCCUCUGAAGAAUCUUCUGGUGAAAGUAGCUACGCUGUUGGAAUUAGUAUAUCUGGAAGUCAUGUUGGUGAUCAAGAUAUUAAAGUUAGAAGAGGAGGUUCUAGAGGAUUUGUAUUACGAGAUGAGACUGUCGAUGAAGAUUUUUUAAAAGCAUCUUUAGAAGCUGAACAAAAAUGGCUCGGAAAGUUUAAACAUACUCAACAGCCAGUUUUACAAAGAAAAGACACUAAUAACAGUAGCAAAUACAGUUUUAGCACUGAAUAUAGUUCUGAUUUUUGCUCAGAAUUGGAAGAAGUCUACGAGCAAUUGUCAAAGUGGUUGGAUGAUCCAAUAGCAUCAGAUGAAAACCACGAGUUGGAAGCAAGAGACCGUGCAGUGAUCCAAUUUGCGGGUUCUCUAUUGCGGAGAGCUUUGAGUGAAUCAUUCGCAGGUGUUCCUGUCCAGGAAGGCGAGCCUCAACUUCUCAUAGGGACAAAUGACGUUCAACAGAAGCACAAAUUAGCUCUGGCUGUACGGAGUCUCAGUCUCGAGCUUGCGAGACAGAGAAACAAGCGUCAGCAGUCGAAUGAGAGACAGUGGGUAACAAUAAAGUUAAAUGAAACAAAGAUACAGAUCUCAGACACAGAGGAUCAACAAGAAGUUGAAGAGGAGGAUUUUAUGGAUGCUUUUGAAGUACAAGAAUCUCCAAAGAAAGUUGAAUCAAAGCGAAAUAAAUGGACAAUUAAUUUAACAUCCCUAAAGGAGCUUGAAACUCUUCUUGAAGAAGAAUCACCAACUUUUAGUUGGCCACUACAGUUUCCGGAGAUAAAUAUUAAAAAUAUUUAUAGCGAUGUCGAAGGAAUAAACAAUUCGAUCCCAGGAGACAGCAAUCCUCAAGAUGGUGGACUUUUGCCAGUAGCAACCGGAAACUGGGGUUGUGGAUCACGAUUAAAAGGUGACCCGCAAUUGAAACUGGUGAUUCAGUGGCUAGCAGCUUCUUUGGCUGGAGUUCCGCGACUUAUUUAUUACACUUGUGGUAAUCUGAAUUUAUCUAAGCUUGAUACUGUGAGCAGAGUCCUCACCGACAGAAGAUGGACAGUUGGAGAUCUGUCAACCGCGAUGCUGAGGUUCGCGGAUCAAGCACUAGGAGAUCGAGUGAAGGGUCGGAAUAGCCUCUUCGACGAACUGAUUGGCGUCGACAAGCCUAGUCCUUAGCUCAAAAAUAUUUAUCAUUUUUUAUUGAGCUAUCAUCAAAGACUUACGGUCAAUUGUCUGUUGACUUGCUUCCUGGUCUAAUAGAUUAAGAUUAACAUUUUAAAAAUUAUUAUUAAAAAUUAUUACAGUUCAGCAAAAAUAUUAAACGCACGGAUUUAUUUUUAACAGCUCAAUUUAAAACAAUAUUAAUAAUUGAAUAAAAUGUUUUUUAAAUAUUGAGUAUUUAAAUAUUUAUAUUAGUAUCGACCAGAGCAUAUCAAAAAAAAUAACAUCG